UGCGAUGAGACGAAACCGGCCUGUAACCGAUGCACAAAUUCGGACCACGAGUGCAAGUAUCGCGAUCAGGCAAACCUUCUCUUUCGGAAUCAAACCGCGUUUGCUGCGCAGAGAGCCGAAGACCUAUGGCGGAAAAGAUUGAAGUCGCAGCAACGAGCAUUCAGUGGGAACAGCCACAGCCAAAGGUCACCUCCAAGCGAUAGCGUUUCACCAGCAGGGCGGAAUCGUCACCCAUCCAUCAGCAGCACUCAACAUCAGUCAGCAACUAUUUAUGAGGGGCAUACAGAUUUCUUUGAUGGCACCGCGGCCAUCUCCAAGUUCGACAAUUUCACCAUCGCACCGGAGCUGACGCCAGAUCUUCGCCGCAUAGCUUACGAGCGAUUCUUGUACGACUUCGUUAUACUUGAGUCACCAAACCACCCGUCGAAUGAGCCGUCCGAUGCUCUGUGGAGCUUCAUCCCCGUGUUGUACAAUAGAGCUGCGGAGGACUCAUGUGUGGCGAUCGUCGUCAACGCGGUUGCUUACGUCAAUUUCGCAAACCGAUGCAACGCACCUCAAGCUGCAGCACUUGGAGAAGAGUGCUUGGGCAGAGGCAUGGUCCUGUUGUCUAAGAUGAUCGCGGACAAGACGCAAGCAAUGUCUGAUGAGGCCCUAUGUUCCGUAUAUUUGAUGGGCGUUUACGAAAACAUCAACUCUCAGCAACGACAAGGGACCUACAUCGCUCAUUCGAACGGUGCGAACGCUUUGGUGAACAUGCGUUCCAUUGAACAGUUCUACAGUAAUCCGGUCUCUGCCAGACUGUACGAGGUAGCAUAUGCCCAGAUGCUGCUUGGUAACUUACAUACCGGGAAGCCACCACCACUGCCUGUCAAUGAUGCGAUCAAUGUAAGGCAGCAUCUGCCUAGCAUGUAUAACCAGACCGGUAUCUUUGUGAUGCAGCUCAUUCAUAGGGAAGCACGACUGCACGCCAAGUGGCAUGAGAUCAAACAAAGUGCAACUCCUCCCACUAAUAGGAGAGAUCUUGCGGAGCUUCUGCAAGCCGCGCUUGAUUUGGAUCAAAAAUAUCAGGCGUGGGAGGUAAACAUACCCCUCAUCUGGAGAUAUCGGUUCGAGCCCAAUACACCAGAAGUCCGAGCGACCUACGAUGGGAAGUGGCAGAGGCUUGUUCUUAGCAGUCGAGGCGCGCCAGAAGAGAUUCACUCUUACUCCAACCUGAAGACAUGCUGGGUGUGGGGCUUCUACCGCACAAGUCGUAUCUUCUUGAUUCGCGAUCUGCUCGAGAUCCUAAAUUGGAUGUUUCGACUGCCAGAGGCUAACCCCGUCACGGUAGCUCCUCUAUCACCCAACUUCGCCAGUCCGUUCGCACUCGAGAACGAACUUGCGCCAGUCACUUUCGACAGCGCAUCGCUACGCGUUCACCACUCGUUCGCCACCGUCCAACUCGUCAACAUCAUCGAGAAGAGCUGCUCCGCCAUUCUCGCGAGCUUCACCGUUCCCGUAUAUGGCAAGUCGUACGAGGACGUUAUGGGCAUGCGAGGCUACGUCAACCUGUGGCCACUCGGUAUCAUGGAUGCUGUAUUACGAUCGGGUCUGGUUCCAGACUCACAAGCGCCCAUCAGCCCACCGAGUACUGGUCAUCACUCGCCACAAACACAUGAAUCGCCUGCACCUGUGCCGGACGUACUGACGCAGAACAUGCACCAUCCAUACCAGACGCCGCCAUAUCAAGGUCGAAGUCUAGAGAGCAUUAAGCAGGAGGAGAAAUUUCACCUACUGAUCCCCGAUGCUCCACAUGAACGACAGCCUUUCUCUCAUGGCCACACUGACUCGAAUACAACACCAGUGUGGGAUCCCGCUGCACCAAAAACGCACAUCUUCGACUCCUCGACCCCACAUCCAUAUGACCACCCUGUAAACCUACCGACAUUGGAGUUCGGCAUCACGAAGCCGAAAGGAAUCGAUGUUGUAGCCCGACGAGAGUGGCUGAAUUGCGUGCUUUACUACACCGCGACAGAUCUCGGCAUCAAGGUGGGCAUGUGUGUGCCUCUUACGGAGGGGUUAUUGCCGACGGUCAAAGCGAAGGUCGAUGCUGCUCUAGGACGGUAG